CACAUGUUCGAUGUCGUUGCCGUUGAAGCCAUGCGUAUUUUGUUUAUUUAAUUUCAUAGCAAACAUUUAUUAGUAACUUUAGUUGCAUACAGUUUGGUGCUUUGAUCGCAACCGCAGUAUUUCGUAAAAUGUCUUCGUUUUUCCUCAAGGGUAAAUCUCGAACAGUUGGAACAAAACGGAAGUUUGAAAAGGCGAGGCCAACCAAGAAGGAAUCCAAAAUUCCCAAAAGGAAAGAAAAACCAUUGGCGGAAUCCGAAGAAGAAAUCGAUAGUGAUCAGGAGGAAGAACGGACUGCUGCUAGUUUAUCGAAAAAUUUUAACUUUGAUGAUGAAGACGAAGGCAUUGUCGAGACUCCUCAGGACAAACGUCUCAGGUUGGCUAAAAAGUACCUAAAAGAAGUAGAGGAGACGGAGCGAGGAAAACAAGAGGACGAUGACUUGCAUGAGAGUAUUUCAUUGGCUUUAAGAGAGGAUUAUUUGGAUAGCGUUGGUAAACUGUAUCGAGAGGUAGCAGAUCUUUAUCUAGGCUUUGAUUUGGACAAUUCAAUUACAUUGAAGUUUAAGCAGCAACAUCUGGCACCAACUUGUGUCUUUUUGACAGAAGACGACAAAUACCUGUAUGUGGGAAACAAGAAUGGAAUAAUUGUCCGAUGGGAUUUGAAUAAAAAGGAGAGACUAGCUUUUACGAAAGCUCAACGAACAGCUAUUCUUUCGAUCGCUGUUUCCUACGACUUGAAAUUCCUAGUCGUCGCUGAUGGAACCAACGAGAUAAAAGUAUUAGAUGGCAGUACUUUGGCUACCGUUGAUACCUUAAGUGGACAUUCAAAUGUAGUUACCGGCGUUGUGUUCCGGAAGAAUACUCAUCAGUUGUAUUCCUGCAGUAUGGACCGAACGGUUAAAAUUUGGUCCUUGGAUGAAAUGCUCUACGUAGAAACUCUCUAUGGUCAUCAGACUCCUGUUACCAGCAUUGACGCAUUGGCACGGGAGCGUGCGAUCACUUCUGGAGGAAACGAUCAUUCGAUUCGCAUAUGGAAAAUUGUGGAAGAGUCUCAAUUGGUAUACAGCUGUCCACCAAUUGUGAAUAGUAUCGAAUGUGUGCGGUUAAUCGGUGAUGAACAUUUCAUAACAUGCGGAACGGAUGGAUCUAUAUCCGUUUGGAGUUCUGGCAAAAAGAAACCGCUUAACACAGUCAGAUUCGCGCACGGUAAAACAACGAACGGUGAAGCAAACUGGAUUAGUUCAAUUGCAACACUGUUGAACACCGAUGUGAUAGCGUCCGGUUCCUGUGAUGGAUUUGUGCGACUCUGGAAACUUGUUGGGAGUAGCAAAAACAUUGAAAAACUGAUGGAAAUCCCUGUUGAAGGUUUUGUUAACGCGUUGAAGUUUACUAGCGAUGGCAAGCGAUUGAUUGUGUGUGUGGGACAGGAGCAUCGAUUGGGACGUUGGUGGACAUUAAAACAAGCUAAAAAUCGAACCUUGGUUGUUCCGUUGAUUUUGUCAGAAAAUGAGAGUAGUCGUAAGAAAAGCUAGGUUCAAUAGUUCGGUUUGAAAAUAUAUCGCGCUUUCAAGACAGUCAAGGAUUUAGUUUUUAU